GCUAACGCGCGCCUGCGCCCUUGCGAGCUUCUCUCCAACUCGGGUUUGACCUACAGCUGCCCGGGAGAAGAUGGCCGCCCCAGGAGUGUCAGGGCUCUCCCGGCAGGUGCGAUGCUUCAGUACAUCAUUGGUGAAGCCAUUUGCCAAGCUUGUGAGGCCACCUGUUCAGGUAUAUGGUGUUGAAGGUCGCUAUGCCACUGCUCUUUAUUCUGCUGCAUCUAAACAGAAUAAACUGGAACAAGUAGAAAAGGAGUUGCUGAGGGUAGCACAACUCCUGAAGGAACCCAAACUGGCUGCUUCUAUUCUGAAUCCCUAUGUGAAGCAUUCCAUUAAAGUGAAAAGCCUAAAUGACAUCACAGCAAAAGAGAAAUUUUCUCCUCUCACGUCCAAUCUAAUCAAUUUGCUUGCUGAAAAUGGUCGCUUAAACAAUACCCCAGGAGUCAUUUCUGCCUUUUCUACCAUGAUGAGUGUCCACCGUGGAGAAGUACCUUGCACAGUGACCACUGCAUCUCCUUUAGAUGAAGCUACCCUCUCUGAAUUAAAAAUAGUCCUGAAGAGCUUCCUAAGUCAAGGCCAAGUAUUGAAGUUGGAGGUUAAGACUGAUCCGUCAAUCAUGGGUGGAAUGAUUGUCCGUAUUGGAGAGAAAUACGUUGAUAUGUCUGCAAAAACCAAGAUUCAGAAGCUGAGCAAGGCUAUGCGAGAGACUAUCUGAAAGUGUUGAUUUUCUGUCGUCAGUGAAAAUUCUUAAACUUGGAACAACAAUAAAAUUCUUCCUGAACAGGC